GGGCCUGCCGGUGCCGCAGCCGGUGCCGCAGCCGGUGGCCGUGCCUGCCGGUGCCGGAGCCCGGGCCUGCCGGUGCCGCAGCCGGUGCCGGUGCCCGUGCCUGCCGGUGCCGCAGCCGGUGCCGCAGCCGGUGGCCGUGCCUGCCGGUGCCGGAGCCCGGGCCUGCCGGUGCCGCAGCCGGUGCCGGUGCCCGGGCCUGCUGGUGCCGCAGCCGGAGCCCGGGCCGGUGCCGCAGCCGGUGCGCGGCGAGGCCCCAUGAGCCGGUGAGGCGAUGGCGGCGGGCGGAGGGGGCGGGCGGCCGCCGGGCCCCGAGGCCUCCCUGGAGCCCUACGUGCAGACCCGCAUCUUCAAGAUCAUCGUGAUCGGGGACUCCAACGUGGGCAAGACCUGCCUGACCUUCCGCUUCUGCGGGGGCACCUUCCCCGACAAGACCGAGGCCACCAUCGGCGUGGACUUCCGCGAGAAGACGGUGGAGAUCGAGGGGGAGCGCAUCAAGGUGCAGGUGUGGGACACAGCAGGCCAGGAGAGGUUCCGGAAGAGCAUGGUGGAGCACUACUACCGCAACGUGCACGCCGUCGUCUUCGUGUACGACGUGACCAAGAUGACCUCCUUCACCAACCUCAAGAUGUGGAUCGAGGAGUGCAACGGGCACGCCGUGCCCCCCCUUGUCCCCAGGGUGCUGGUGGGGAACAAGUGUGACUUGAAAGACCUGAUCCAAGUGCCAUCCAGCAUGGCCCUGAAGUUCGCCGACGCUCACAACAUGCUGUUGUUUGAGACCUCGGCCAAGGACCCUCAGGAGAGCCAGAACGUGGAUGCCAUUUUCAUGUGCCUGGCCUGCCGGCUGAAGGCGCAGCGCUCGCUGCUCUGCCGGGACCUGGAGGGGCGGCCGGGCCAGCCGCGCCCGGAGCCCGCGCACGGCGCCGGCGGGAGGACCUGCCCGUGCUGAGCGGGACCCGCCGCGGCCACAGCCCCACAAUAAAGUGUCUGCCGCCCCCUCA